UGGCCGGCGAUAUUAGCUAGCACUCGCUCACGGUAUUCUCUGCAAAAGGGAAGACGGCAACUCAAGAAAAUCAACACCUGGAUUGUUUAAAGGACUGUACCUCAAUUCAAUAAUACCGACCGAGGAAGGAUUAUUAAGCUGUUAACGUUACAAGCGACGUUUAAUAUUUUUGUUGGGUGUCUGUUGUCUCAUGAUGGAAGAAAACGGUGCACAUUUCUUUGAGGGGACCGAGAAGCUGUUGGAGUUGUGGUUCUCUCGGCAGGAUGAGACCAAAGGAACCGGGGACCUCCGUACCAUCCCAAGGUUUGAGUGGGACAAACUUUUGGAGAAUGUGCAUUGUUUGAUCAUAAGUGUGACAAAGACUGACAAGCAGGAAGCUUAUAUACUCAGUGAGAGUAGCAUGUUUGUCUCCAAGAGACGUUUCAUUUUGAAGACGUGCGGAACCACCCUCUUGCUGCAAGCACUGGUCCCUCUGCUGGAACUGGCCAGGGAGUACUGCGGCUUUGACGCCAUCGAGAAUUUCUUCUACUCCCGCAAGAACUUUAUGAAGCCAACUCAUCAAGAGUUCCCUCAUCGAAACUUCCAGGAGGAGGUGGACUUUCUCAGCCAGAUUUUCCCAAAUGGUGCAGCCUACUGCAUGGGCCGUAUGAACUCUGACUGCUGGUACCUCUUCACCCUGGACUUGCCAGAGUUCUGGGAAAACAAGCAUGCAGAUCAGACAUUGGAAGUUCUGAUGAGUGACCUUGAACCAGCCAUUAUGGACCAGUUCUUUAUGAAAGAUGGUGUUUCUGCAAGUGAUGUCACUCGUAUGAGUGGAAUUCGUGACCUGAUACCAGGUUCUGUGAUCGACGCCACAAUGUUCAACCCAUGUGGAUACUCAAUGAAUGGAAUGAAGACUGACGGAACAUACUGGACCAUCCACAUUACUCCUGAGCCGGAGUUCUCCUACGUCAGCUUCGAAACCAACCUCUCCACAACGUCGUAUGAUGAUUUGGUUCGGAAGGUGGUAGAUGUGUUCAAGCCAGGGAAAUUUGUGACUACCCUUUUCGUCAACCAGAGCUCCAAAUGUCGCAGUGUCUUUACUUCUGCCCAGAAACUUGAGGGCUACAAGCGUCUCGACCGCCAGUUGGCUCAGUUCAAUGAUUACAAUUUUGUCUUCACCAGUUACGCCAAGAACCGGCAGCAGAACCAACAGAGCUGAGGGUUGAGGAUGAGGAAGAGAAAGAGGCAUAAAAAGAAUCCCCCAGUAGAAAGCUUGUUGUCCUCCUCCCUCCCCCUCGUCCUCCCCCUCUGCUGCCGUCAUCAUUUAGAAUCUGCUGAUGCUGAUGCAGUCACAAGCCCUAGUUUAACCUCCAGUUUGAGUUUUUUGCAUUGUUGUAACUGUGACUUAGAUCUCUUGCAUGAAAGCUCUUUUCUCUGUUUCGAUAUUCUAGCUCACUCUUGCUGUGAUCUUGAAGUGCAUGUAGAGGAAUUAAACACGCUAUGUUUGAGGCUGUCCACCUGUGCCCAGUACAAUAGUCCAUUCCUGCAGGUCUCCUCCCUCAUCCCCCACAGACAAGGCUUCCGCCCGCACUAGGCUGGGGCCCUGACAUGCUCAGAUCCGUCUGCCUCUUUAUGAACCCAACCCGCACCAACUGGUUUGCUUUCCAGUGUGACAAUUCAUAUUAAUGAAUCACUAUCAAUGAUUGCAAGCACUUUAAAACCAGUUUACUCAUGACUCUAAAAUGAGGCCAACCAUUUUGCCUCAGCUGUUAUGAAUGUAUAAGUCAUGGUAAGCUUUUGGCCACUCUUAUCGUUGUCGCUUUUCAUAUUAGAGUUUUGAUGAAAACGAAUGCCAUACUUGCUGUUUGUCAAUAUUGGAUUGGUUUGCAGUACGUUGGUCAGUGGUCUUUGCUAGCUGUAAACUGCACUAGAGCAGAUUUCUGCUUUGCUGGGCUUUGAAGCAGUGCACUUGCAUGCUUUCAAAAAUUCGUGCUUCUUCACCUGUACAAUCAUUUAGUUUGUGUUGAUACAAAUGGACAAGCUUUUAAAGUGUGGAAAAUGUGUAUUUAUGUAUGAAUCAUUUAAGAUAUACGCACUUUUUGGCACCCAGGCUUCUGUGUUUUACAGUGUGCUGUAUCUAUAAGAAGCUUCUGGGUCUUUAAUCCCCCACCCCAAAUUUCGUUUAACUCAAAAUUUCUACAUUCACAUAAAUUGGUUAAAGGGAAAGUCUUCAAACUGAAUGUAGCACAGUCCAUGUGAAGUGGCCUGUCCAGCCGUCCUUAGAAUGUACACUUCUCUAGAGAAGAGCCUGGACCAGGCCACGCACAGCGCUCACAAUGCCCUCUGAUGACCAGCCAUUGUCCAACUGGCAGCAGGUCUCCCCUUGCCAGAGUCAGACUGUCAGCUGGCCCCAGCACCGUGACAUAACGAGAGCCGGUGCUCCUGGCUACGGCUGUGCCCCACUCUGAAUGGGGAAAUAAUGAAUCAGACACUUUUUGCUUAGUUGCCCAGCAAAGCAUUUUUCUUUUUCCCACAUAAUAUCCAUCCUCUGUCUCUUUCCGCCCCAUACAGAAAUCUGUAAAUGCACAAUAGAGGCCCACCAGUCUGAGCAUGCCAGGGUGAUCCCGGAUCAUUCCACAUGUAGCCGCUGCAUAAACUGUCAUUUUAUUGUGUCCAGACAUUUUUUGCAAUGAAUUGGUCGAGUAGCAGUUUCUUUUCUUUUUGUUUGGAUCAGUGCCCUUUGUUCAUUUAGGAUGAAAAAUCCAGUGACACUAUGGUGCAUGUGACUUCUAGUGCCGUGCUUGCUUGACAGUGUAGUGUAGCGCUGUCUCUUCUUCCCAAUUUGUCAGUAGGUCUGUGUGCUUCACCUACUUGUUUCACCAGCUGAAUUGUAGUUGGAACUGCCCCAUCCUGAUUUAUUUUGGAUAGGCGGGAGUUUUUUUUGUUUUUUUUUCUCAAAGGGGUCAGGUUAAUUUGUAAUCUUAUUUCAAGUUGUGGACGUGCUGAAAACAGGCUAGGUUUCCUAAUUUAUGACAUGAUGUCAAACGUCCAAGGUUUGUCUCCUCCGCCUGCCGUUGAGCUGCAUGGUGGUUCCUGACGCUUCUGCCAGAGAAUGCAGUUUGAAUUUUGAAGUAGAGAAGACACAAUGGGAAUUUAACCUGCUUUCAGCCCUGCAGUACAUUUUCUCCAUAUAAUUACCUACUACAGUGCUAUGGUAACUUAAGGAUGGAACAGUUUAUGUAAGAACUGGCACUUGGAAUAGUUCGCUCUAGUUUGUCCGUCAUGGCUUUUUGGAGUGGUUUCAUUCUUUUGCUGAGGACCAAUCUCUGCUCUUACAUGAACAACUCCUUACUGUCACAUUUAAACUAUCACUGUUUAAAUCUACUGACUAAGUUAAAUGCUGACUGCUCUGGGAUUAACUACAUUUUAGCCUUGUUGGUGUGGAUCAUAAAGACUUUUUAUUAUUUGAUAUAUAUAUAUAUAUAUAUAUAUAUAUAUAUAUAUUGUAAACUCUAAGCAUUUUUUUUGCAGUUUGAACAGUAACAAUUUUAUACAAAUAUAUUUUGUAUUUUUGCUGCGGACCAAUCUUUAUUUUUCUUCCCCCAUUUCUGUCCAAAUGUAAAAAACAAUAUUAAAAACUAGUUUAUUAUGAAUUUAAUGGAUGAUCCUUUUCAAACUUGACUAAAUCAUGUGGGUUUUUUUCACUUCCUUUGUCUCCCCCCGUGUGAGAGAGGGUACAGUUGCAGGAUGUAUCACAAUGUACUAAAGGAGAAACUUUGCUGUUCUAAUUCUUUCUUUGGAUGGUCAAGAUGUGCUAAAUAUCUGUGCUACGAGUUUGAUGCUUCAAUAAAAGAUACUUAUCUGUGCAAA